AUGUCUAGCGCGGGGAAAGCGGAGCAGUUGCGCUCUUUGGUCCGUUUGUUCUCCGAUGCCGCUGAAGUGGCGAUCAGCGAGUGGGAGUCCCAGGAGAAAUCUCCUGCCUCCGACGCUGGACACACUGUCCCCUCAUUUGCCCUUCAUAAUGCUUGUAGGACCAUUCUGGGAGUCAGCGGCAUGUGUGCCGACCUUUGCCAGGAGCCUGGGAUUCGCCUGACAGAGAUAGCUUGCUAUAAUUUCCUUGCGCGUGCAUUGCACAUCGCAGUGCAGAGCGGUAUUCCUGAUAUCUUAGCUGAGGCGGAACCCCAAACGGGCAUGUCGUCGCACGAGAUCAGCCGACGGACAGGUAUUCAUGAGCAGAAACUGACCCGUGUUUUGCGCACCCUCUGCACUUUCCACAUCUUCCUUGAAGUGCGGGACCAUCACUUCGCCAAUAGUCGCACUAGCCAGGUACUAGUGGGUGACGAAUACUUGCGAUGUUGGAUUCUUCUUCAUGGCAUAGAGCUGUUCACUGCCUCGGAUGAGUUACUUCCGCUGUUGCUCAACCCCGUCAAGGGCCACUCCACGUCGAAUCGUGAAACUGCAUGGCAGGAAGCCAUAGGCUCUGACCAGACGGUCUGGGAGUACUUAGAGCAAAAGGUCGAGCAACCAGAUGGCACUCUAGUCCCGCGGCCGUCUCUCGCAGUGUGGGCGCACGGAAUGGUUGCAGGGGGUCGAGCGGACGCUUCGUGCCUAGAUGCAGAUUAUCCCUGGGAGUCUCUCGGUAACAGUACCGUGGUGGAUGUCGGAGGUGGAGCUGGCGGUACCAGUCUCGAUUUGUCGAGAAAGUUUCCCAAUUUGUCCUUCGUUGUUGAAGAUCGCCCAUCCACCAUCCAGCAGGCCGAAUAUGUUUGGGCGCAUGAAUAUCCUCAAGCGAUACAGAUGGGUCGUGUCAAGCUUGUUCCCCAUAAUUUCUUUUCUAGACAGCCGAUACGAGGAGCCGAGGUCUACUUCAUGCGAUAUAUCCUGUCAGUCUCUUUCUUCACCUCGCGACAGCAUUUGGAUCUCACGCUCGCCUCUGCGUCUAGUCAUGAUUGGCCUGACGAUGAAUGCGUUACAAUCUUGUCGCAUUUGUGUGAUGCAAUGUCUCCCACUUCAAAGCUGCUGAUUGUGGACAAGGUGCUCAACACGAGUGUGGGUUCCGACCAGUUGAAGCCAGCUCCCUUCCCUCUCCCAGCGAAUUAUGGAGUUGCGCAAGCGUUUGGGAACCUCCACGAUCUCGCUAUGAUGGCAUGCCACAACGGCAUGGAGCGUACCCCAGAAAUGCUUGAAACAGUGGCGCAGCGUGCAGGUUUGAAGAUCACGAAAAUUUGGGAGAGUCGAAGCACCAUGUCUAUCACAGAGAUGGUGCGAGAAAGGGCCUAA